AUGUCAUUCCCCACCAAGCCAGCGUUCGUCAUACACGGUGGCUUUGAUGAGACCACCGCGAACCAUCCCGGGAUGAAAUUCCUCGAAGAAGUCGAGAACGACUUCGACACCCGCACCUGGGACCCUGAAUUCUACGCUCCGGACUUCACCUGGGUCGCGCCCACCGGCCAGGCUACCGAAGGCCGAGAGAGGGCGUUGGAGGCCGCCAAGGCCCUAUAUAUGCCCCUGACUGCACACUGGCACGAGCCCUUCUAACAGGUGUAUACCGAGACCGACAAUGGCUACAAAAUGAUCGGGUCGGCCACCAUGUGGGCCAACCUCCCCGGCGAGCCGGCGGUGGGGGAGACCAAAAAAUACGACAAGAACGGAGAGGCCUGGGACGUCGCUGGACCGGGCGGCUUUCGCUUCCAACUUGUGAAGCACGGCGACACUUCUCAGCUGAUAAGGAUGGAGGUCACCACGGGUUCGGGACCGCUCGUUACAGCAACGAUUCGGCGAGGCUUGCUCAGCCCCAAUGAUUUGGGAACG